AUGCCGGAAAUGUUUAACCCGGCGGGCUCAGCGGCCGAGUACAUCCGCGACCUAUUCAUCCUUGUGAUUGCCAUCUGCUUCGUCAUCUUCGUUGCAGUCGGCGGGGCGCUCGUCUAUUUCAUCGUUCGCUUUCGCGACCACAACGGCUCCGACAACACAGAACCGCCCCAAAUUUACGGCAGUAAGCCCAUCGAAGUGGCCUGGACGCUUGCCCCGGCACUUACCGUAUUUGUGCUGGCGCUGGUGGUGGUUCGGUCGGUGUUCGACCUGCGAGGGCAAGAGCCAACCGCCAACGAUCAACGGGUGCGUGUGGUUGGACACCAGUGGUGGUGGGAGUUUGAGUAUCCCGAGCACGGGGUGAUUACUGCCAACGAAAUGGUGAUUCCUGCCAGCGACGAGGAACUCGACCGAAAGGUCUUCCUUCAACUCGAAUCGGCGGACGUGAUCCACAGCUUCUGGAUGCCCAAACUCGCCGGGAAAACCGAUCUCGUGCCGGGCCGAACUAACCACAUGUGGAUCGAGGCCAACAUGGUCUCACCUUAUUUUGGCCGUUGUGCUGAGUAUUGCGGAACCCAGCACGCGAACAUGCUGUUGCGGGUGGACGCGGUGUCGCAAAAAGAAUUUGAUGCCUGGAUUGCUGCCCAGAAAGAACCUGCCCGAGAAGUUGCCAGCGCGAAGCCAGGCAAAGAGCGAUUCAUGGCCCUGGCCUGCGCGAACUGCCAUACCAUCCGCGGCACACGUGCCAACGGCAAGUUUGGUCCGGACCUCACCCACUUGAUGAGCCGCAAGACCAUCGCCGCCGGGAUGGUGGAAAACAACCGUGCCAACCUUGUCCGUUGGGUAGAAGACCCGGAUGAGAUCAAACUCGGCUGUCGCAUGCCCGAUAUGCGACUCAGCGAAGCGGACGUGAAGCAAAUCGUCGAUUACCUCGCGCUGCUGAUUCGCCUGCAGCUUUGGAAGGCCGAAAACACGCUCAUCGAGCCCGAUACGUUCAAUGAGCUGUUUACCAUGCACGGGACGACGAUGAUUUUUUUCGUCGUCAUGCCCAUGAUUGCAGGGUUUGCCAACAUCUUGGUACCCCUGAUGAUCGGUUGCCGCGAUGUGGCCUUUCCCCGGCUCAAUGCCAUGGGCUUCUGGCUGUCGCUGUUCGGGGGCACUUUGCUCUACAUGAGUUACUUCACCGGCGAAGGGCUCUACGGAGCGGGUUCUGCUCCCGAUGUUGGCUGGUUUGCCUACGCUCCAUUGACCUCACCCGCGUACGCACGGGGUGGUAGCGUCGAUUACUGGAUUCUCGGCACUACGCUCACGGGUAUCGGCACGUUGACCUUCGGGGUCAACCUUAUUGCGACCAUCAUCGCCCUGCGUGCCCCCGGAAUGCGGAUGAGCAAAGUCCCGUUGUUCGUGUGGAUGAUGCUCAUCGACGCCAUCUUGAUUAUCUUUGCCUUCCCGCCACUUACGGCGGCCCAGUUCAUGCUGUUGAUCGAUCGAAAACUGGGGGCCCAUUUUUUCGACACGCAAGCCGGCGGAUCGGCCAUUCUGUGGCAGCACCUGUUCUGGUUCUUUGGCCACCCUGAGGUUUACAUCAUGGCCUUGCCGGCCUUCGGCAUUAUUUCUGAAGUGAUCCCGGUGUUUUCCCGCAAGGUGAUCUUCGGCUACACGUCGAUGGCCAUGGCAACCGCAGCGAUUGGCUUCAUCAGCAUGGGCGUCUGGGCGCACCAUAUGUUUACCGUUGGUCUCAGCGACGGAUUAGAUGCGUUCUUCUCCGCGGCCAGCUUUCUCAUCGCAGUUCCGACGGGCAUCAAGAUAUUCAACUGGACCGCCACCUUAUACGGCGGGAAACUGCAGCUACAUACACCCAUGCUGUUCGCAUUGGGUUUUCUGUCGAUGUUCCUCAUCGGCGGGCUCACCGGCAUCAUGCUGGCCGCCGUACCCGUCGAUUGGCAGGUUUCGGACAGUUACUUCCUCGUCGCUCAUUUCCAUUACGUCCUAUUCGGCGGCAGCUUGUUUGCCCUUAUGGCGGGUUUCUAUUACUGGUUCCCCAAAGUCACCGGCCGAAUGCUGGGCGAUACCCUGGGCAAAAUCCACUUCUGGCUGCUGUUCAUCGGCUUCAACCUCCUGUUCGGCCCCAUGCACAUCUCCGGUGUGUUGGGCAUGCCGCGACGUGUUUUCACUUACGAAGCUGGCAAUGGGUGGGAAAUCUGGAAUCAGAUUUCCACGGUCGGCGCGAUCAUCAUGGGCGUUGGCUUCCUGGUGUUCUUCUGGAACCUGCUGGUUUCGCUGAAAAGCGGGAAGAUCGCCGGCGACGACCCUUGGGAUGCCUGGACGCUGGAGUGGGCCACCACCUCGCCGCCAGCCUCUUAUAACUUCGAAGUGAUUCCCGAAGUCCGCAGUCGUCGACCGCUCUGGGAUUUGAAACACCCCGAAGACCCGGAUUGGAAGUAUGAGUGA